UCGGGCUCGGGGCGCACCGGGUAGUUGGCGGCCCGAGCCAGGGACCCAGAGGAAGACCAGCAAAAGCGACGACAAAAGCUGUGAAACUGUAAACAGCAUCUUUACUUCCGUGCUUCAUCGUGGCCAUGGCUGGGGCGGAGGCGGCGGUGAUGAGCAUCGGCAACCUCGGACUCGGAAUUCCGUCGUCCGAAUCGGAAACAAGAACGUCGGACCGAGGAGGUUCGAACGCCAUGGAUCACCCAAAGGAGGUGGUGGAGAUGGACGGCUUGCCCGAGGGGUGCGUCGCCCACAUCAUCUCCCUCACCACCCCUCGCGACGCCGCCCGCUGCUCCGCCGUCUCCCGCGCCUUCCACUCCGCCUCCGACUCCGACGCCGUCUGGCGCAAGUUCCUGCCCCCUGAUCUCGACCUCAUCGUCUCGACUUCGCCGCUGCCGCCGCCUCCGCCUCUUGGGCCCCCGCUGACCAGGAAGAAGGACGUCUUCCUCCGUCUCUGCGGCCCCCCUCUCCUCAUCGACUCCGGUCGCAAGAGUUUUGCACUUGAAAAAUGGAGCGGGAAGAAGUGUUAUAUGAUUGGCGCCAGAGAUCUGUCUAUAGUAUGGGGUGACACUCCUCGCUCCUGGAGAUGGAGUUCACUCCACGUCUCUAGAUUCCCAGAGGUGGCAGAGCUCCUUAGAGUAUGCUGGCUCGAGGUUCACGCCAAGAUGGAGAUGCGACUUCUGUCUGCUGAUACAUAUUAUGCAGCUUACUUUAUCUUCAAGUUUGUGCAUGAGAACUAUGGCUUUGAGAAUCGACCAGUGGAAGUGUCCAUCUUUCCUGGUUCCGCGGGUGAGCGAUGCACUAUUUAUUUGGAUCCUGACAGGAGGUUGAGACAGCAAUAUGAAACCUGGCGAGAGAGAUAUCCGCAUAUUGCCCGUGAUGCAUCCGCGGCAAGAGUCAUUCAGGAUAAUGAGAAACAAAUUCCUCGGGACAGAGGAGAUGGGUGGAAGGAGGUCGAUCUGGGCAAGUUUUUCGUGAGCGACCCUUCGACUGGGGAGGUUCAAAUAAACUUGAUGGAGGUGAAAAGUGGUAACUGGAAAUCCGGUCUAGUCAUCCAGGGGAUUGAGCUUCGUCCUACACAGAUGACUUCCCGAGAAAGCAGUCGUUAGCGCAUCGGUCGAUGGAGAUGAGGUGAAUGGGGAUACUGUAUAUGUUACAGAUGAUUUAUACUUCACGUAAGAUGUUACAGAACAAAUAUUUACUAGGGGGUGUUAAUAAAAAGGGAGGACCAUUAUGAAAAGUUAUCAUUGAUCGGUUCAACCCUUCUUUGGAA